GUCGCAAGUCGCGACAACGAGCUCACACACUUUCAAUACAUUACAAAUUCAAUUGAUUGAUUUUUAAAAAUACCUUCAUCAUGGGUAGACGACCUGGUAGAGCGGCUGCUAAAAAUGCUGCUGCUGCAUUGAGUGAGUUGCUUUCACCAUUUUAACUGGCGCAUAACAUUACCUUCAGACAAUUCAGACAAUUCUAACAUCAUGUCUUAUUCAUAUAGAAAACACUCCGCAAACCUAUGAUGACGCCGAAGAUGAUCCAAUAGUCGAUGCACCACUAUCAGAUCCCGGUACACCUCCCGAGAAUGACGAAGAUGAAAAUGGGGAAGAAGAAGAAGAAGUCGUCGAAUCAGAAGCUGAAGAAGAAGUUCCAGCUACACCCGUUCCAGAAACCACCAUUCGCAAAAAGCGAUUAGGAAGACCUCCAAAGAAUAAACCUCCAGGAUGGGAUUUAGAUGAUGGAACUACUUCUGAGGCAGCUACACCUAGUCGAGGAAGAGGUAGAGGUAGGGGAUUUAGAGGUGGUGGAAGAUGGGCUAGAAGAGGUGGUCCAAGUCAUGUUACACAACAACCGGUUGAUAAAGAGGGAAAUAUGAUGGAUGUUGUGAAUGAUGAAGUGGAGUUACCUGAAGAUCCAGAAGGAGAGAAAAAGGUUGAUAAACUUGGUUAUUUACAAGAUGGUCGGGAAUAUCGUUGCAGAACUUUCACGGUUCAUGGCAGAGGAAAGAGACUUUAUAUGUUAUCAACGGAACCAGCACGUUGUGUAGGAUUCAGAGAUAGUUACCUUUUCUUCGCAAAACAUAAGAGGUUGUUUAAGAUUAUUAUUGAUGAGGAUGAGAAGAGGGAUAUGAUCGAACGAGAACUUAUUCCACAUUCUUAUAAGGGAAGAGCUAUUGGAAUUGUUACUGCGAGAUCAGUCUUUCGCGAAUUCGGUGCUCAGAUUAUUGUUGGAGGCAAAAGAAUUACAGAUGACUAUGAGGUUGCGAGAGCUAGGGAAGAAGGAGUUGAAGAAGGUUCUUUAGCUGAUCCAAAUGAUGCAAUUAAAGAUGGAGAAGCAUAUAACAAAAACCAAUACGUCGCAUGGCAUGGAGCAAGUUCAGUAUAUCAUUCCGGUCAACCAACUGUUCCACAACAAACUGGAAAGAUGAUUGAUGGAAAGAAAAGAAAGAUUAUGGUUAAUGAUGUUAAUUGGAUGUUGGAACAUGCUCGAGAAGCUAGGUAUGUUUAUCCUCUUUUUCAUAUCAUCAUAUGAAUUCAUUACUAAUAUAUUCUCAAAGUCGGUUCAAUUCCGCAAUCUCAGCAGCUCGUCGUCAAAAUCUAAAUGGUAUCUACGAUCCUCAUACAAAUAUUAUGCAAUACCCACGUACUAUGCAACCAACUCAUGCUCGUUGGGAACAAAUAGACGAUAACGAACCACAAUCAACAUCCACAGACUCAUCACUCUUUCCACCCGUCAAACCAUUCUUUUCUAGAAAUUUCAUGAUCGUAGAUACAUAUAUGGAAUCAUCACCAUCAACACAUUAUGGUGUUCCAGGUCCAGAUAGUGCAGGAUGGGAUUUGGGUAUAGGUGUAAACGCAAGUACAAAUGUGGGUACAGGUACAGGAGAUAAUCUUUUAGGUAUGGAUGGUCUAUGUGGAGUAAGUGAAGAUGUACUUGAUGUUUUACCAGAAGAUUGUAGGAAAGCUUUUGAGGAAGCGAGAGAGAGGGAAAGAGAAUGGAAGGGUAGAUGGAAUACUGAGGGUGUAGAUGGUUGUAGGAGAAGUGUUAAGGUUGAUAAGGGAUUAAUUUUGUAACGAGGUUGGGAUGUGGAUAGAGUAGCGAAGCGAGCUCUGAUAGUAAGGGAGAAAGAAAGGGGGAAAGGACAUGAUGGUUUAAUGGAAAGGAAAGAAAUGGAAAGAUAGAUGAUUAUGGAAUUAGCAUAACCAACGAACUUAACUAAAUGAAUCUGGAUGAAGGAUGGAUGGACGGCGUUGGGGGAAAACAUCGUUUAUAGGAUGUUACUCCUACGAGGAAGGCUAUGAUCGAUUAUAAAAUAAGAGUUGUAUGAUAAGAUCUAUCUAUUUAUUUAUCUAUUCACUU